CAGAGCUUGUCGCAAAGGAAACUCCCACAGAGUUCUCGACAGUGGUGGUGAGGAGCAGGCUGACGGGAAGGGAGUAGUGGAGGCAGAUCGACGAAUUGACCUAAAGCAGAGUUCUGAUGUCUUCUUGAAAUAAAUGCACACACUUCGCUCCUCCUGAGACCAGCCCAGAAAAGAACAGGCUCAUAGCGCUCUCGUGUCCCCAGCAACGAUGUCUCUCUUCUGGGUUGCGCUGUGUUCGGUGCUUCCUCUUCUGGUUCUCCCCAGUGGUCCAUAUAAUUGCAGCGUCCAUGAGAGCAGCAGCUCAGUGAAGGAGUCUCCACUGCUGACUUCCUUACAUUGCCAUAACGACUACGAGUCCUACGUCCACUGCAGAUGGAGGAAACACGGAGACACGUCCCCGCAGCUUUGGUUCCAAACUGAAAACAACAGGUAAAAUCAAAAGAGACGAUCAGAGGGAACAAAUGAUGACAACGGGACCAGCCAGUGUAGAUAUGAAACUCAAACUUUUUCCAUUGGCAUCAAACACACCGUCUUUUUCCUCGAGAACGAGAUGCAGACUGUUUGUUCAUCUGUCCCGCACAAGCCUCUGGAUCUUUCUCAGCACGUGAGAGCUCAUACACCAGCAGAUCUUUCUGCACACGAUCCAGGAGAUGGAGGCCGAUGGUUCAGCUGGUCCAGCCCCUACACCUCCUCCUCCUCCUGGAGCAAAGAUCUCCGCUACCAGCUCAGCUACAGACCAGUCAGACACAACCACUGGACAACCAAGAACGUCACAAACACCAGCUUUAAACUAGAGAAGCAACUGUUGCUCCCCGGUUGCAGGUAUGAAGCCCGGGUGAGGGCCCGGGCCAGCGUGGGCCAGUGGAGCACCUGGAGUCCGGUGGUGACCUGGAAGACUAAGGAAGACACUGGGCAGUUUCCCAGUUUGGAUUGUGUGCUGCAUGGAGAGAGGGAGGCGAUGUGCAGCUGGGAGGUGAGCAGAGAGCUGGCUGCCUUCAUUAGCUACCAGCUGGCCUGUCACGACACCGCACCGUCUGAGAGAUGCUGCAUGAACCUUACAGUCAGCGCUGAGAGCAGCAGCUCAGCACUGAGGUACAGCUGCUCACUGACCGUCAAAGACCGUCUGCUGCUGGAGCUCAUACCAACACACACGGCCAGGACGUUUGAGGCCUACAAACACAUCCGUCCCAAACCGCCACAGCACUUAAGAGUGAAAGAGAAGAACAACAACUGGAUCUUUGAAUGGAUUGAACCGAGCUCAGCUUCAAAACUGAAACUGUCCUAUCAGGUCUGCUACCACAGAACACAGGAUCAGAAUAAUACUGAAUGUUCAACCCUGCUGAACACUUCAGAGGGGUGCACGUCCCUCACCAUCCAGGGAGCAUCUCUGGCCUCGUCCCAGCCCUACCAGGUGAAGGUCAGGUCACUGGUCGUCCCCGGACACGGUUCCAAAUUCAAGGGGAUCCCGUCUAAAUGGACCGAUCCCGUAAACUGGACCUCACAUGCAGGAACCUGGUCCCUCACCACCUUGAUAUAUGUUCUCACCAGUUUGUCUGUGGUCACGUUCUUCUUCGCACUCUACUGCACCAUUCCAGCUUGUCGAAGGUGGGUCGUCCUGUGGGUGGAGUCAGUUCCCUCUCCACACAAAAGUACCAUCCUGUGUGAGAUCAAGAGUGUGACCAGUUGGACGCUGCAGACCGAGGACCUGUCCAUCUGCAAAGUGCUACAGGACACUUCUUCUUCUUCGUCUACAUGCUCCUCGUAUGUUUCUAUUGUGCCGAUCACCACAGUUAAGGAAAAGCUGUUGGAGCCGGACGAAGGUUUCUGGAACAGCGACGACCUGUCCAGCAAUCCUGAGAAGAUAAGUUUCAGCGGACCCUACAUCUUCUGCGAGAGAUCAGAGCCAGAGGUGGUCAACUGCUUCGAGAAAGAAGACAGCACCUCAUCAGAUGACUCGCCUCCUCCCAUGAAUUUUAACAUGAACGGAGGCGGUUACGUGUCUCUACCCAACCGCAGCGUCUCCAGGUCCACACAGGACCUUGUCUCUAACAGCGUUUUCAACGCAAAUACACACGGGCACAACAGCAUGGGGUAGGACCCACAGAGGGCAGACACCAUGCUGGGGUCAGCAGGGACCAACCUCCGGCCUACACCCCUUUCACCCCAUGGCCUAAGGUGGCAGCGUACAGGCCUCGGGUUAACUUCCACACAUGAGCAGCGUGACCUGCAACAUGUCAGGAGAGAACCUGAAGCAGGAGCUGUCAGGCUUUAAUCUGCAGAUAUUGACAAUUAAUCAAGCUGUGGUUCAAUUCAAUUUCAAACUACCUGUGCUUCCAUGUGCAACAAAGUGAAUCACAGGUAUUAAUAACAGA